AUGUGGAAGUGGAUAGCUGUAAUGAUUUGUAUUAUAACCUACACUCAGUGUGUUAAAUUUGGAGAAGAUAAUAGUUAUACCUGUCACUGUAUUAAUGAUGAACAAUGUGAUAAAGAAUCUGGUGAAUGUAGUGGAGGUUGUGCUGCAGGGUGGUCAGGACCUACUUGUCAAAAACAAAAUGUAGCUCUUCGUAAGCCAUCAAGUCAGGUUGAAACAAAUGGUGCUAGAACUUCUGAUUUAGCUGUUGAUGGUGACAAUACUACUAAUAUACCUAACAAAUGUACUGAUACUGGUGGUGAUGAAAAUACGAGAAAAUGGUGGAGAGUAGAUCUACUAGAAGAAUAUCCCAUUAAAUAUAUUAUCAUCUAUUAUCGAAACGAACCUUUAACAUCAUUGAAGGGAUUUUCACUACACAUUAUUAAACAGAAUGAAGAACCAGAACUGUGUUAUAAAGAUGAUAGUCCGGAUGUUCCACCUGCAGUAAAUAAUAUAGAAUGUAAUCAGACUAUAACUGGGCGUUAUGUUAAUAUCAGUAAUUUUCAUACCAGAGAAGAUGGAAGAUUUUUAGUCCUAUGUGAAGUUGAGAUUUAUAAUUGUCAUAAUGGUAUCUAUGGUACUGGAUGCUUAAAACUAUGUUCAGAUAGAAAUUGUUUAGUAGAAACAUCACCAUGUAAUCAUAUCAAUGGUAGCUGUCAAGGUGGAUGUAAAGAAGAAUUUAGUGGAAUUGACUGUGUUAAAAGGCAGUACAGCAAUUUACAAUACAGUAAUGAUCAGAGUUUGAUUAUCAUUGGAACGAUUUUGGGUUUACUUAUUGGUUUAGUAGCUGGGGCACUGAUGGUUGUGUUUAUUAUGAAACGAAGGUCAAGAUCUAGGUCAAACCAGUCACAAAUAGUUAGCACUGACCAGUCAAGUAGCAAUAUACCACAACCAGAAACAACCACCAAUCAACCAGUUACUCAACUGUUCAGCAACAUCAGUAACAACCAAGAUAAUCCUUAUGGUCAACUUACCACUGCUUAUCAAAAUGAAAACGCUUAUGAACUUCUUGGGAAAGCUGAAGGAAAUGUUUCAACUAAAUAG